UACUAGUGAGUGAGGAUUUUGCGGCUUCAAAGGGUAUUUCAAGUUUCCGGAGCUCCUCCCCUCUGCACCGUGUGACAACAACAACUCGUCCAGCCGGCAGCCUGCACUUUUCAGCUCAUUUUCUCUGUCAUUCCCCUCUCAAUCUUUGAUCAAUGUACUUGCCAGGGAGAACCCAAGUCCUUCAAAUCUCCUCCUUUUCACCUUCAUCCUUAACUUUGUGCUAGAGCGGGACCCACACAACAACAGCCCACCCUCCCCGCCCCCCCCCUUCCAAACCAGCCCCCGAUCCCAGCCCCCGGAGAGGACUCGCAUUUCGACUUGCGGGACACUUUUGUGCGUUUCUCUCUAGAGCGCCUCUCGCGCUCGCCCCUCCUGCGCUCGCUCUUUCUUUUCCUCACCUCCUUUUUCCCCCCUUCUCUCCCUUUCUCCUUGUCGUUCUCUCUCAGAGUUGUUGUUGUGGCCCCCUAGCUCCUUCUCCCCCCCGCCCCCCUUUUCCCCCUUGCCCUCCCCGGGGCGUGUGGCAACUUUUCCCCUCUCCUCCUUCUGUUUCCCCUUAUAUGUGACCAUGGCAGUGCCGGCGGCUUUGAUCCCUCCGACCCAGCUGGUCCCCACUCAACCCCCGAUCUCCACGUCUGCUUCCUCCUCCGGCACCACCACCUCCACCUCCUCGGCGACCUCGUCUCCGGCUCCGUCCAUCGGGCCCCCGGCGUCCUCAGGGCCAACUCUGUUCCGGCCGGAGCCCAUCGCUUCGGCGGCGGCGGCGGCGGCGGCCACAGUCACCUCCACCGGCGGCGGCAGCGGAGGCGGCGGCGGCAGCGCGGGUAACGGAGGCGGCGGCAGCAACUGCAACCCCAACCCCAGCCUGGCGACCGCCAGCGGCGGCGGUGGCGGCGGCGGCGGCGGCGGCGGCGGCAUUAGCGCUGGCGGCGGCGGCGCCUCCAGCACCCCCAUCAACGCGAGCGCGGGCAGCAGCGGCAGCAGCAGCAGCAGCAGCAGCAGCAGCAGCAGUAGCAGCAGCAGCAGCAGCAGCAGCAGUAGCAGCAGCUGCGGGCCCCUCCCCGGGAAACCCGUGUACUCGACCCCGUCCCCAGUGGAAAACACCCCCCAGAAUAAUGAGUGCAAAAUGGUGGAUCUGAGGGGGGCCAAAGUGGCUUCCUUCACGGUGGAGGGCUGCGAGCUGAUCUGCCUGCCCCAGGCUUUCGACCUGUUCCUGAAGCACUUGGUGGGGGGCUUGCACACCGUCUACACCAAGCUGAAGCGGCUGGAGAUCACGCCCGUGGUGUGCAAUGUGGAACAGGUUCGCAUCCUGAGGGGACUGGGCGCCAUCCAGCCCGGAGUGAACCGCUGCAAACUCAUCUCCAGGAAGGACUUCGAGACCCUCUACAAUGACUGCACCAACGCAAGUUCUAGACCUGGAAGGCCUCCUAAGAGGACUCAAAGUGUCACCUCCCCAGAGAACUCUCAUAUCAUGCCACAUUCUGUCCCAGGCCUUAUGUCUCCUGGGAUAAUCCCACCAACAGGUUUGACAGCAGCAGCUGCAGCAGCUGCCGCUGCUACCAAUGCAGCGAUCGCCGAAGCAAUGAAGGUGAAAAAAAUCAAAUUAGAAGCUAUGAGCAACUAUCAUGCCAGUAGUAACCAACAUGGAGCAGAUUCUGAAAAUGGGGACAUGAAUUCAAGUGUCGGACUGGAACUGCCUUUUAUGAUGAUGCCCCACCCUCUAAUUCCUGUCAGCCUACCUCCAGCAUCUGUCACCAUGGCAAUGAGCCAGAUGAACCACCUCAGCACCAUUGCCAAUAUGGCGGCAGCAGCACAAGUUCAGAGUCCCCCAUCCAGAGUUGAGACAUCUGUUAUUAAGGAGCGUGUUCCCGACAGCCCCUCGCCUGCCCCCUCCCUGGAGGAGGGCCGAAGGCCUGGCAGCCACCCAUCAUCACACCGCAGCAGCAGCGUGUCCAGCUCCCCAGCGCGGACUGAGAGCUCCUCGGACAGAAUCCCUGUCCAUCAGAAUGGUUUGUCCAUGAACCAGAUGCUGAUGGGUUUAUCACCAAACGUACUCCCUGGGCCCAAAGAGGGAGAUUUGGCUGGUCAUGACAUGGGACAUGAGUCGAAAAGGAUGCAUAUUGAAAAAGAUGAGACCCCGCUUUCCACACCAACUGCGAGAGACAGCCUUGACAAACUUUCUCUAACUGGGCAUGGGCAACCACUACCUCCAGGAUUUCCAUCUCCUUUUCUGUUUCCUGAUGGAUUGUCUUCCAUAGAGACCCUUCUGACUAACAUACAGGGGCUCUUGAAAGUUGCCAUAGAUAAUGCCAGAGCUCAAGAAAAACAGGUUCAACUUGAAAAAACAGAACUGAAGAUGGAUUUUUUAAGGGAAAGAGAAUUAAGGGAAACACUUGAGAAGCAGUUGGCGAUGGAACAAAAGAAUAGAGCCAUAGUUCAAAAGAGGCUAAAGAAGGAGAAGAAGGCAAAGAGAAAAUUGCAGGAAGCACUUGAAUUUGAGACAAAACGGCGUGAGCAAGCUGAACAAACACUAAAACAGGCAGCUUCAGCAGAUAGUCUCAGGGUCUUAAAUGACUCUCUGACCCCAGAGAUAGAAGCUGACCGCAGUGGCGGCAGAACAGAUGCCGAAAGGACAAUACAAGAUGGAAGACUGUAUUUGAAAACUACUGUCAUGUACUGAAUCUUUCCUGUUGAAGAAGUCCAUGUUAUAGUAAAGAACUUUGCAGUCAGACAUUCGUCAUUGGAAAGUUCGGGAAAAAAAUAAAGUCCUUUUAAGGGAACUUCCUCAAUUUUGUGUAUUAAUGUUCUUUAAAAGUUUAAGUAUUCUACAAAAAGAAAAAGUUUCCUUCAUUGAUUUUCACCUGUGGUUCAUACCAGAGACCUGAGAAUGUUUGUAAAUGUACAAGUAUCAAACUUCUUACAGUUAAUAAUUGCAACUUUGCUGCUGGACACUUGUAUAUGGAGUCAAAGGCAGGUCUCAAUAAGACCUAGCUUUGUUUUUUUAAUGGAAUGAACCAUUUUCCUCUUCUGAAAAUUCUGUAUCUGAGCACAUCAAGAGACGCUUGUAGCACUGGUCACCCAGACUUACAGAAUUAUGUCCUCCAGAAACCAGCAGGAACACUUGGAAAUGAACUUGUAGGGGACAUAGAGGAUUCCUAAAAAAUCAAUAAAUCAAAGAGUAAUAUUCUGUUACAUUCUAUUUUAAACUCUCUAAUUGUGGGUUUUCUCCUGAAGAUUUUUGUUCAUGUACUUUCCAAAAGACCAACAAAUGGAUAUUGACAACAACCCCGUGAAAUAACAUUUUGCAUACCUGAAAAGAAGCAUUGGAGAUAAGCCAAAAGGUUUCACCGAAGGUCUUUUUUCCUUAAAAAUAUAUAAACGUAACAUGUUUUCAUUCCAAACUGGUAGUGGUAUAUAGAAUUUAAAAUGAUCAUUAUGCUUCUUCUUCAAACUGUUGGUCACAUGUACAGUAUAUAAACAUAAAACAUACAAGGAAGGUAUUAUGUAUGCAGUAGUAUACUAGAGUUUAGGAAAAUGAAAAUUUUAGAAAAUACGUUUUGUCACCCUGUUGGUCAGAAAGACACCUUUCUGGUUUUAACGCAUGCAGGCAUGUAAAUAUUUGUCUGGAGUCACAGUAUUAAUGAAUGAGAUCUUAAGCAUCUGGUGACAUCAGAACUCUGUGUCAGCCACUUUUAUUUGUAUAUUGAACCCUAGUUAGUGCCCCAAACUGCACUAUUGAGAAUGGAUUGUGGCUGAACAGUAAAUCGAAACACCAGAAAUAUUUUUAUAUGUUAAUGUCAUAUUAUGUUAAUGUUGCUGAAAGACAAAACCUAACAAACCCUGGAUCCUUGAUGUAUCAGUCCAAUACCAUGUAGCGCUGAGUGAUAAAGUUAAAAUGUGUUGUGCUUCCCACCCUGGUCAGAGGGAAGGGUGCCUACGUGUUAUUUUCACUGUCUUUUUGAAAGUUACAGUAUGUGUUUUCACUUUUGUGCAGAUAACUGGAAGUCAAGCUGCGAACAGGGCUUAUUACACGCUGAAGUUACCUUCUCUUUGUUUUUACAUAUUUGGAGUUACACCUUUAAAGACUGAUACGUGAAUCAGUAUAUUUGCUGGACAUUUUAUGAUUUUGCUGUCAUCUUACAAUUUUAUGAUCAUAACAUUAUUUAUUACCAUAAAUAGCAAAAUCUUAAAUGACCAAGAAAACUAGCUUAAAAAUGUUUAAAGAUAGUUCUCAUUGGUUAUUAAUGAUUUGAAAAGAAAUUAACAUUAUAGAUACACUGGCACUAAGCUUCUAUAGUUUUUUAGGUCUUCCUUGCAAUACUGGAACAUAUUUCUUUUGUGUAGCUCGCUAUUAACCAGCUAAGACCAUUUUUAAUGCAAUAAAAAGGUUAUAUAUACAGUUCCUAUUUUUAGCGUGCUUAAAAGGGAGCAAUAUUUUUAUUUAAAACACUGUUAGUAAAUGCUUUGUAGAAACUUGGUUUUCUAAGCAUAGUUCUUCCAUAACCUUCUUUGUUAUUUGAGCACAAGAGAUUCUAUACCUUGUUGUAUGUAUCUCUUGUUUUUCCCUGUAUGCAGUCUUUAAAGGAUUACACUUAAAAUCAGAGGAACUUGUGGCAAGCUUCUGAAUCAUACAUUUUCUGAAAGUUUUUUUAAAAGCCUACAACUUCCAUAAGUAGUAAAAUCAGCCAUUGCUCUGCUUCUUGCAUAGAGUCACCUAUUAAGUAGGUUAAAUAGUUUUAAAAUACAUACUUUCCAGACCUUUGAGAAUGUUUUAGUGUUUGGUUCGCUAUAAAAGGAAAUUUUAGUAAGGAUUAAAGAAAAAAGCUAUCAGCUAUAUGCUAAGAGAGAAUCUUACUAACAUGUUGUAAAUAUUGCAAGUCAUGAAAUGUUAUUUUAAGUCUGUAACUUAAGUUUUUUUCCCCUUUAUUAGUUAUACAGGUUGGUUUAAAAUUUGUUUUUUGGUUUAAACAAGUAAAAUUGUGCCCAUUUUAUGGUUUCCAUGCUUUUGUAAUCCUAAAAUUAUUAAUGUCUCGUUGUUCUGUAUUAUAACCACAUUUGCGCUCUAUGCAAGCCCUUGGAACAGAACAUAUACUCAUCUUCAUGUAGGACCUAUGAAAAUUGUCUAUUUUUAUCUAUAUAUUUAAAGUUUUCUAAAAAUGAUAAAAGGUUAUUACGAAUUUUGUUGUACAAAAUCUGUACAAAAAUCUGUUUUUACAUCAUAAUGCAAGAAUUGGAAAUUUUUCUAUGGUAGCCUAGUUCUUUGAGCCUGGUUUCAAUGUGAGAACCGCGUUUACUGUUAUUGUAUUUAAUUUUCUUUUUCUUUUCAACAAUCUCCUAAUAAAACUGUCUGAAAUCUC